AUGAAGCCCACAUCAGCCGCGCUUCUCCUUCUCGCCGGCCAGGCCGUCGACGCCAUUGACUACAAUGCGGCGCCGCCGAACCUCUCAACUCUGGCCAACGGCUCUCUCUUCGAGACGUGGCGCCCUCGCGCCCAUGUGUUGCCGGUCUCGGGCAAGACCGGUGAUCCUUGCAUGAAGUACACCGAUCCCAAGACGGGCUUGUUCCAUGUGGGCUGGCUGCACAAUGACUCGGGCAUCACCGGUGCCACGACGGAUGACAUGGUGACCUAUCGCGACCUCAACGGUGGUGGACCUUCCAUUGUGCCCGGUGGUAUCAAUGACCCUCUCGCUGUCUUUGACGGCUCUGUCAUCCCUCGUGGCAUCAACGGAACCCCUACCUUAAUCUAUACCUCGGUCUCAUUCCUGCCCAUCCACUGGUCCAUUCCCUACACCCGUGGAGCCGAGUCCCAGUCGCUGGCUGUCUCCUAUGACGGCGGCCGCAACUUCACCAAGGUGAACCAGGGCCCCGUCAUCCCCGAGGCCCCCUUCGGUGUCAACGUGACCGCUUUCCGCGACCCGUAUGUCUUCCAGAACCCCCAGCUGGAUACCCUCUCCGAUAGCUCCGUGGGAACCUGGUACACCGUGGUCUCCGGCGGCGUGCACGACGUCGGUCCCAGCCAGUUCCUGUACCGCCAGACCGACCCGGACUUCCAGUACUGGGAGUACCUGGGUGAAUGGUGGCGCGAGGGCGUCAACACCACCUGGGGCGACGGCACCUGGGCCGGCGGCUGGGGCUUCAACUUCGAAACCGGCAACAUCUUCGGUCUGAACGACGAGGGCUACGACCCUGAAGGCGAGGUCUUCAACACCCUCGGAACCGAGGGAUCCAAUGCCCCGAUCAAGCGCGAGCUCAGCUCCAUCCACGACCUGCUCUGGACCGCCGGAAAGAUCUCCAACAACGGAUCCAUCAAAUUCACCCCCACCAUGGCCGGUGUUCUGGACUGGGGUGCCUCCGCCUACGCCGCGGCAGGUAAGGUCCUGACAGCCGACUCCCAGGCCUCGAAGAAGAGCGGCGCCCCUGCUCGCUUCGUCACCUACCCCUGGCUCACGGGCGACGAGUACGGCCAGGCAAAGCUAUUCCCCACUAGACAACAGAACUGGACCGGAACCCUGCUUCUUCCUCGCGAGCUGCACACUCUCAGCAUCCACAACGUCGUGGAUAACGAACUCGCGCGCGAGACUGGCGUGUCGUGGCGCGUUCAGGGCAAGUCGAAGUCCGGAACCCUCGAGCUGAAGACGCUCGGUAUCGACAUCGCUCGCGAGACCUACAACGCUCUCACCCGCGGCUCCUCUACCGACGAGUCGGACCGCAAGCUUUCCAACCAGUCCACCCCCGUCCCCUUCGCCAAGUCCCCGGAGAACAAGUUCUUCGUGCUGCGCGCCAACCUCACUUUCCCGCAGUCUGCGCGCAAGUCGGGCCUGAAGAGUGGUUUCCAGAUCCUGUCGUCGGAAUUCGAGUCCACGAACAUCUACUACCAGUUCUCUAAUGAAUCGAUCAUCAUCGACCGCAGCAACACCAGCGCCGCGGCGCAGUCUACCUCGGGAAUCACCACCUACAACGAGGCGGGUCGUCUCCGUCUCUUCGACGUUGUCGAGGAUGGUGCUGAGAAGAUCGAGUCGUUGGAGUUGACCAUCGUCGUGGAUAACGGGGUUCUGGAGGUCUUUGCCAAUGGCCGCUUCGCCUUGAGUACUUGGGCUCGGUCGUGGUAUGCCAAAUCCACUGGCAUCAAGUUCCUUCACAACGGUGUCGGCCAGGUACAGUUCAGCGACGUGUCGGUGUCCGAGGGCCUGUUCGAGGCGUGGCCGGAGAGGCAGUAA